AUGGACUCAGAGGGGCUCAAGACUUUGAUUAAUUACUAUUGUCAAGAGAGAUAUUUCCAUCAUGUACUAACUGUUGCCAGUGAAGGAAUGAAGAGAUACGGCAGUGACCCAAUCUUCAGGUUUUAUCAUGCCUAUGGCAUAUUAAUGGAAGGUAAAAUACAAGAAGCUCUUCGAGAAUUUGAAGCUAUUAAAAAUAAACAAGAUGUUUCACUUUGUUCACUAAUUGCACUAAUACAUGCUCAUAAAAUGAGUCCUAAUCCAGAUAAAGAAGCCAUUCUGGAAUCAGAUGCCAGAAUGAAGGAACAACGGAAAGGAGCUGGAGAGAAAGCUCUGUAUUAUGCAGGCUUAUUUUUAUGGCACAUAGGUCGUUAUGAUAAGGCAAGAGAAUAUGUUGACAGAUUGAUCAAAAUAUCAAAUGGUAGUACAGAGGGACAGAUUUUGAAAGCAUGGCUUGAUGUUACAAGAGGAAAAGAGCCUUAUAUAAAAAAAGCGCUAAGACAUUUUGAAGAAGGAUUACAAGAUGGAAAUGAUAUCUUUGCUCUGCUUGGUAAGGCCCAAUGCCAUGAAAUGCGUCAGAAUUAUUCAGGUGCACUAGAGACUGUGAACCAGAUAAUUGUGAAAUUUCCAAGCUUUCUUCCUGCUUUUAUAAAGAAAAUGAAAUUACAGCUAGCCUUACUGGAUUGGGACCAGACAGUUGAAACAGCACAAAGGAUAAUUCUACAAGACAAUCAAAAUGUGGAAGCACUCAGAAUGCUGGCUCUUUACUAUUUGUGUAGAGAAGGAGAUAUAGAGAAGGCUACUUCCACGCUGGAAAAUUUAGGAAAUACAUUAGAGGCCAAGGAACCACAGAAUGCUCAACUCUUUUAUAAGAUCACAAUAGCCUUCAGCAGGACUUGUGGACGCAAUCAGCUUAUUCUUCAAAAGACACAAGCAUUUUUAGAAAAAGCUUACAGUAUAACCCCUCAUCAUUCAGAAUUUGCCACAGAACUUGGAUACCAAAUGAUUUUACAAGGAAAAGUUAAAGACGCAUUAAAAUGGUAUAAGACUGCAAUGACAUUUGAUGAGACCAGUAUUUCUGCACUAAUUGGAUUUAUCCGAUGCCAAUUAAUGGAAGGCCAAUUUCACGAUGCAGACCCACAGCUAGAAUUUCUUAGUGAAAUUCAACAGUCCAUUGGAAAAUCAUCGGAAUUAAUCCAUUUGCAUGCAGUUCUAGCAAUAAAGAAAAAUAAACAACAAGAAGAAGUUAUUAAUUUGUUAAAUGAAGUUCUGGACACUCAUUUUUCACACUUAGAAGAUUUACCACUUGGCAUUGAAUAUUUUGAAAAGUUAAAUCCUGAUUUCUUACUGGAAGUUAUUACAGAAUAUCUGAGCUUCUGUCCAAUGCAGCCUGCAAGUCCUGGGCAGCCUCUUUCUCCAUUUCUUAGACGUUGUACCUCAGUCUUGGAAACUAUUGUAAGAACUGUACCUGGACUUCUACAAGCUGUUUUCCUGAUAGCAAAAGUGAAAUAUUUAUCAGGUGACAUUGAAGCUGCUUAUAGUAACCUGCAGCAUUGCCUAGAACACAAUUCCUCUUACGCAGAUGCUCAUCUCCUCAUGGCUCAGGUUUAUUUAUCUCAAGAGAAGUUCAAAUUGUGUUCUCAGUCUCUUGAACUUUGUCUGAGUUAUAAUUUUAAGGUGAGAGAAUAUACUCUAUAUCAUUUGAUAAAAGCACAAUCACAAAAGAAAAUGGGAGAAAUAGCAGAAGCAAUUAAAACUCUCCAUAUGGCAAUGAGCUUACCAGGAAUGAGGAGAAUUGGAACUUCGACAAAAUCUAAAUGCCAGAAAACUGAAGUUGAUGCAAGUCAUCGUUUAUCAAUCUUUCUUGAGUUGGUAGAAGUUCACCGCUUAAAUGGAGAACAGCAUGAAGCAGCCAAAGUUUUACAAGAUGCUAUCCACGAGUUUUCUGGAACAUCCGAAGAAUUGCGUGUUACUAUUGCAAAUGCAGACCUCGCUCUGGCUCAAGGAGAUGUGGAGAGGGCUUUAAGCAUGCUGCGAAAUGUUACAGCUGAACAGCCUUAUUUUAUAGAAGCCAAAGAAAAAAUGGCAGAUAUUUAUCUAAAGUAUAGAAAAGAGAAAAUGCUAUAUAUUACUUGUUAUAGAGAGAUUGCUGAGAGAAUGCCCUGCCCACGUUCCUUUCUUCUCCUUGGUGAUGCAUACAUAAAUAUUCAAGAGCCUGAAGAAGCCAUAGUAGCAUAUGAGCAAGCAUUAAAUCAGAACCCAAAAGAUGGAACUUUGGCAAGCAAAAUUGGGAAAGCUCUUGUCAAAACUCACAACUACUCAAAAAUAAUCAAUUAUGGUACAGUAAAUGAACUGUCAGCUCUUAUGGAGGAUGGACGUUCUCAAGUUCUUCUGGCAAAAGUGUACAGCAAAAUGGAAAGACCUGGUGAUGCAAUCGCAUCACUGCAACAGGCUCGAGAAUUACAGGCUCGUGUGCUGAAACGUGUCCAAAUUGAACAACCAGAUGCAGUCCCUGCACAGAAACACUUAGCAGCUGAAAUUUGUGGAGAGAUUGCAAAACAUUCUGUUGCUCAGAGAGACUACGAUAAAGCAAUUAAGUUCUAUAAAGAGGCUCUUGUUCAUUGUGAAACAGAUAAUAAGAUAAUGCUGGAACUGGCACGGUUAUUCCUGGCACAGGAUGACCCUGAUGCCUGCCUGCGGCACUGUGCAAUGCUCCUCCAGAGUGACCAGGACAAUGAAGCAGCCACCAUGAUGAUGGCUGAUAUCAUGUUCAGAAGACAAGACUAUGAACAAGCAGUGUUUCAUUUACAACAACUUUUAGAACGCAAGCCAGAUAAUUACAUGACCCUAUCACGUUUAAUUGAUCUCCUAAGAAGAUGUGGAAAACUUGAAGAUGUUCCAAGAUUUUUCUUAAUGGCCGAGAAGCGUAACUCUCGAGCAAAGUUUGAACCAGGAUUUCACUACUGUAAAGGACUACAUCUUUGGUACACUGGAGAACCAAAUGAUGCCCUUCGUCAUUUUAAUAAAGCUCGGAAAGAUAAUGAUUGGGGCCAAAAUGCCCUUUAUAAUAUGAUAGAAAUUUGUCUGAAUCCAGAUAAUGAAACUAUUGGUGGUGAAGUAUUUGAAAAUCUGGAUGCAGACCUGGGCAAUCCAACUGAGAAGCAAGAGUCUGUGCAAUUAGCAGUGAGAACAGCAGAAAAACUCCUCAAAGAAUUAAAACCUCAGACUGUGGAGGGUCAAGUCCAACUUCGCAUCCUGGAAAACUAUUGUCUGGUGGCUACCAAACAGAAGUCUAAUGUUGAGAAAGCAUUAAGUACUUUCACUGAAAUAGCAACAUCUGAGAAAGAUCAUAUUCCAGCACUUUUGGGAAUGGCAACAGCCUAUAUGAUUUUGAAACAGACUCCAAGAGCCAGAAACCAGCUGAAGCGAAUUGCAAAGAUGAACUGGAAUGCUAUUGAUGCCGAGGAGUUUGAGAAGAGUUGGUUACUACUCGCUGAUAUAUACAUUCAGUCAGCAAAAUAUGACAUGGCUGAGGAGCUGUUAAAACGGUGCCUGCGUCAUAAUAGGUCCUGUUGCAAAGCAUAUGAAUAUAUGGGGUAUGUUAUGGAGAAAGAACAAGCAUAUUCAGAUGCUGCCUUAAACUAUGAGAUGGCAUGGAAAUACGGCAAUCAGACAAAUCCAGCUAUAGGAUACAAACUGGCAUUUAACUACUUAAAAGGGAAAAAAUAUGUGGAUGCAAUUGAUGUAUGUCACCAGGUUCUAAAGACACAUCCAGCUUAUCCCAAAAUCAGAAAGGAUAUACUCGAUAAGGCCCGUGCAUCUCUAAGACCUUGA